UUGUUAUCUUUAUUGUACCAUAGAAAAUAAAUAAUAAUGUGUACUACUACUAUAUAUUAUUUACUAUUUACAUUUAAUUUUUAAUUUCUCCAACAAUUACGAAACUCUUAUCUUUAUCACACCAUAGGAAGUAUGUACCAGUAUUUACUCUUAUCUUUUAAAUCUGUUUUUCUUUCUUUGAUAUCAAUCAAACUAUUAUUUUCAUCACUCAUUAGGAAAAAGAAAAAAGAAUUGAGGCUUACAAAAGGGCACUAGCUGAAGGAGCAAUGGAUGUUGCUUAUUCACGUGUUCUGUUCCUGGGUACUGCUGGUGUGGGGAUGACAAGCUUUAAACGUUCUCUUAUGAAGUUGCCAUGGGAACCUGAUGCUAGUAUUGGUGUAUCAGAUAAUAGCCAACUUCGUCAAUUCACACAUGAGUGGCACACACUCAAGGAAGAUCAUUUGAGACGUGCAUCACAUGAGGACGAAAUCAAAGAAUUGGUUGGAUUAAUAUUAGCAGUUUAUGAAAAAGAACUUGAUGCUACCAGUACUCCAUCUUCUUGGAAUUCGCGAAGUUCUCUGCCUGGAGUUAUGAAUACAGUUGACAAUAUUAUAGCUGAGGUUAUAUCUUGCAUUGAAACAAUUACUCAACCAGAGGAACCACAACCAUUUCUUCAUUUUUGGGAUUGUUGUGGUCAGCCACUGUUUCUUGAAAUUUUACCAGUUUUUCUUACUUCUCGCACAUUAUUCUUUCUUAUUUUUGAUGCAGAAAAAGAUUUAAAAUUCAACCAAGAGGAGGUUAAUAUGACAACACUUGAUUACAUGCUCAAUUGGAUGGCUAACAUUCAUGGUCACUUAAUGUCUUAUGAUGAACAAGGAGAUUUUUGUUCAUUUCCACGAAUGUAUUGCAUUGGUACUCAUGGUGAUCGUGUAAAGGAGAGAAAAUCUGAAAUAAAAAGGGAGCUAAAACGCCAUUAUCGAAGAAACUUCAGAGCUUUAGUUGAAGGUACAGUAAUUGUUGAUAAUACCACUUCUGGAAAAGGAAAGGAUGAAGAUUCAUCUCUUCAAGCUUUAAGGGAUGCUGUCAUCAAAUUCACAAAAGAAAAACUUGUUUUAAAAACACCUCUUAGUUGGAUUCUAUUUCGAAAAGUCAUUCAAGUUCUGAGCAAGAAGUAUAAUGUCAUUAGUUUAAAAGAUGCUUGUAUCAUUGGAGCUGCUAGUAAAAUUCCUCCAGAAGAUGUACCUCAUGCUCUUAUGUUUUAUCAUGAACUGGGUGUGUUGCUGUUCUACCCUCAAAUUGAUGGCAUGAAGGAUAAGGUUGUUCUCAAUCCAAAAUAUAUUGUGGAUGCCCUUGGAGAAAUGUUUCCGUUAGGAGAAAUUUUUGGCCAAGGCAGGUACUGCAAUGAAUGGGAGCUCUUUCAUGAGUGUGGGAUCCUUGUUCAACCACUUUAUGUAGCAUUAUGGAGGAAAUAUAACGACAUUUCACCAGAAAUUUUGAUUAAGGUACUUGUUCAUUUCCGCAUUGCUGUUGAAGUUAAGACAGAUAAAUAUCCUCAUUCCAAGUCCAAGCAAUAUUUCAUGCCUCUUGUUCUGAAAUCAGCAAAAGUUAUAAGGAGCUCAAUGACAUUACCAUCAAAUUCCAUUCAAGCAGCACCACUUCAUAUUACCUUCAAUAGUGGAUAUGUACCUCCUGGUUUCUUCACUCGUUUUGUGGUUGUACUUACCAAUACCAGAAAAAUGGAACUUUGUUUUGAGAAAGAUGUCUACAGAAACCGCAUCACAUUCCGUUAUCAGGAUCCCGACAGCACCACUAUUGAGCAUGUAAUAGUCACUGACUGUCGUGAUGUUAUUCAGAUCAAUGUACAACAUCAUCAUCAUCUUGAUCAAGAAGUAGUUUCCUUUACAAAGAUUUGUCAAGCUAUCCGAGUUCUUUUAGAAGAUGCAGCAAAAGAAGUUGAAGAAAUUUUAAAGGAGUGUGCCAGUGGAUGGACUGAUGAGAACAAGCCCACCCGAUAUAUAUUCACACACAAGUUUAAGUACGUCUGCACUAGCUGUUCUACAACAACUUCACCUCAUUACAUAAAACUUCCGCCAACAAAUUUAAUUCAGAAAUCUCAAGUGUUUUGUGACAAAAAUACAAAUGACUACCGAGCUCUUACUGAACUGGAGAAGGUUUGGUUUAAAGACACCAGUCAGUCUGACAAGAGAAGGAAAGAGGGAGUUCUUACUAGUUCUGAUAAGUCUGAUUAUCACUCUGAUGUGAAACUAUUAGACAUUACUGAUCUUGAUGAUGUCAUUGAAGAGUUACAGUCAAUUGAUUACACUGAAUGGAAAGACUUGGGUCUUAUCUUAGGACUCUACCACAAUACACUGGGAACAAUUGAAGAAAAGUGUAGAGGAAAUCCUAGAAAGUGUCUAACGGAGUGCAUGGCUGCCUGGUUAAAGGGAGAAGAUAAAGUGAUGGAGAGAAGAGGUCCCAGUUGGUCAUCAUUAGUUACAGCACUGCUAAUAAUUGGAGAAAAUUUCCUUGCUUUAAAUAUUUGUGUAAAGCAUGGUAUGAUCUUGUCCACACAUUACUAGCCAUGAUCAUGAUACCAAUAAGUAUCGUAGGCCAUAUUUUUGCUACUGUUUAUUAAUUUUUAAAAGAUUAUUACUACUAGUAUUUUUUUAGCUAGUAUUAUUAUUAUUAUUAUAAAUUAGAGAGGAAGAGAAAAAGAGAGAAGUGAACAAAUAAGACAUUAAAUAAUGAACUAGCACUAAUAGUAUUAGUUUUUGUAGUAUUAGAGUAUUUUUCUAUUUUGUAGCAUUAGACUUAGUACUGAUUCUUUGUAAUUUCACAAGUAUUAAUUUUACUGCUGCUUAGUCUGGCUAACUGCUGUUUUGUUGUGACU